AUGAUGCCGCAGGAACAACAACCCCCGGAGGGGGUCCCCACUCACGGCCCCGCUUCCGGCCCGUCCCUUCCCUCCACGGUCCCCGCCCCGGCCGUAACAACAGCUCCGUCCACGGUCCCGGUUCCCGGCGCUCCGACGGACAUGCUUGGCAUCCCCACGACGACGACGACACCUAACAUAGCUACUAGUACCACAACUAGCACCACCAGCAGCACUACUUCAAACAAGAAGGCAACACCAGCAGAGAUCGACACCUGGGCAAGCACCAUCUACAACUACCACCGAAUGCACAUGCCCCUUCCCACCUUUUCUCCUCCUCCUCCUCCUCUCCAAGACCCAUCAAAAGACCCAUCAGACUUAGAAGAAGAAGACGGAGAACCAACUCGAAUAAUCUUCACCCUCUGCUCCCUCGACCUGCGCGUAGCCCGCUACGCGUCCCACCUCUUCCUUACCACUUUUCUUCCUCCUCCUCCUCCUCCUCCUCCUCCUCCUCCUCCUCCUCCUCCUCCUCCUCCCAGCAAAGUAACAGUGGAAGAAGCACCACCCCGCCGCCGCCGGAGAGCCUACAAAUACCUCCUCUUCUCGGGCCACUCCGGCCUCCUGACACGUUCUUUGACCGGCGACCCCUUUCCCUCCACCACCUCCUCCUCCUCCUCCUCCUCCUCCUCCCCCGACCAAACCCAACCCCCCAAAAAAUUCCAAUCCGAAGCCACCCUCUUCGCCUCCAUCGCCCUAUCAAUGGGCGUCCCUUCUUCGUCAAUCCUCAUCGAAGAAGCGUCCACCAACACAGGCGAAAACGUUCGGUUCACUCAUGCCUUACUACAGCAAAGGGGUAUAAAAGUGGAUGAGUUUUUACUCGUGCAGAAACCGUAUAUGGAACGGAGGACUUGGGGGACUUUUGGGGCGCAGUGGCCUUCUUUUUCUUCUUCUGUUUCUUCAUCAGAGGUAGAGGUAGAAGAGAAAAAAGUAGUAAAAUAUAGUGUGACCAGCCCCCCGCUGGAGUGGGAGGAGUAUCCUGAUGAGGAGAGUGGGAAUGGGAGGGAGUUGGUGAUUAAUGUUAUGGUGGGCGAUUUGGUAAGACUCAAAGAGUAUGGGGAGAUGGGGUGGCAGGUGAGGAUGGAGAUACCAAAAAAUGUGUGGGAGGCGGGGAGGAGGUUGGUGAAGGAUGGAGGGUUUGGGGGACAUUUACCGGAGGGGUUUCGGUUUUCUUGA